AUUCAACACUUCACAAAGAGCCAGAAUGAUAUAGCUCAAACCUUUAUACUAGCGGUAAAGUAAUAACCAACUCCAAGAAAAACGAAAAUGUCUCGUACACCAACGUGUAUUGUUAGUGUAAUCUUUUUUUGUUUAGCUUUAGCGGAGGCAGAUUGGACGAGCGUAACGUUUGGGGACAUUACUUACCAUUUUGACGACGCGGAUAAGAAAUAUGUCCAGAUCGCAAAUCACUGUUCCAAUCAAGGAUUAUUCGUUUACAUCGAAAAUGAAGAACAAAACUCGUUUUUAGCCAACAACUUGAGAGACAAUAAUCCAAUAGUAUUAGGCAUCAAAAGAGUUGGAGGAGUGUGGACGUGGCAAGCAACAAAUGAGCCGGCUGGUUACACAGCUUGGAAAUCAGGUGAGCCGGCAAGUGACAAAGAUUGUGCUUAUAUUGAGAUGGAAAGCCACUGGAUAUCAAUGGAUUGCAACACAAAGAAAAAAGUCUGUUGCGUAGAAGGUCUGAAAAUCAAGAAUCCUGCUAGUGAUAUUGGGAAGGUAUUUGAUAUACUAUCCUACAUGAUAGUAAGGAGUUUUCGGAAGCUUACGAAACAGUCAUAAUGUUUAGACAACCGUUCCCAUAAUAUUUGUCACAACGUAGGCGAUUUAUGCCUUUUGAAUCAAGGAUCAUAUUCAGCUCCUACAGCAUUAUUGUCAAGAAUGUUUUAGGCACGAAUGACGAUAAUGAUAAUGACGUAAUCGUAUGCGAUAUCAUUUUUUUAAUGUUGCGAAACCUCUUAACACCAAAUAUCCAAACACCCUCUCUAAAUUUGCAUUCACACUGAAUCCGAAUUUUCGUUUGGGAAAGCUUACAGGAAAUCGGAUCAGUGUAAAGAAUAGGGACACUGGCGUUCAGCGUAUCGGAAACGCGGUCCGAAUUUCGGUUCAAAUCCUAUGUAAAUGCAGCUAAAAGCCAACAAUAAUUUCGGAAUAGUAUUUGUUAAUUGUUAGGCCUAUAAUUGUAUUUAUUUAAUUUAUAAUAAUUAUAAUAUUUAGGUCAUUCUGUCAUUUAUUUUGCUAUUUGAAAAACUG